AACCAGAGAAGCAGGCCUUAUUUUACAGCUAUUCAAUGCCUGUCAAAGUCUCAAUCAACAACCUCCUUUCAUAAUAUAUAACAUGUUCUCCAUCUUCAAAGAUUUCAUAAGCAGCCUUGGGCUAACCAAGGUGACGAACAUGGCAACUAUUCUCACACACAACGCUUUAGGCUUCUCUCUGUUGAUCUUCUCCAUUUACCUCUCGUCUUUCUCAUCCCUCACCUCGGCCUUGACCGAUGACGAAGCCUCAUACAUAGCGAAACGCCAACUCACGGCACUCCCUGAAAAUGGUGAUCUACCAGAUGACUACAAAAUCGAAGUCGAUGCGAAGCUCACAUUCGCCAAUGACAGGCUCAAGUCAGCCUAUGUGGGCCUCCAUGCACUGAAAAACGCCAUCUACUCCGACCCGACUAACUUCACGGCCAAUUGGGAAGGACCUGAUGUGUGUAAAUACAAUGGGGUUUUCUGCUCUCCGGCGCUUGACGAUGAGAAACUGAACGUUGUGGCUGGUCUGGACCUCAACCAUGCAGACAUCGCCGCUCACUUUCCGGUCGAAUUCGGGCUCCUGACUGAUCUGGCUCUCGUCCACCUUAACUCGAACAGGUUCUGUGGAAUUGUGCCGCGGAGCUUCAGGAGGCUCAAACUCAUGUUUGAAUUCGACAUCAGCAACAACCGAUUCGUCGGCGAGUUUCCGAUGGUCGUUUUAGAAUGGCCGGGGAUUAAGUACCUUGACAUCAGAUACAACGAGUUCGAAGGGGAGUUGCCUCCGAAUCUAUUCUGGAAGCCAUUCGAUGCCAUUUUCUUGAACCACAACAGGUUUACAUCUAAUAUCCCAGAGACGCUAGGAAACUCGACGGUAACGGUUGUGACAUUUGGUUUUAACAAAUUCAGUGGGUGCAUACCUCGCAGCAUUGGGCAGAUGCCUAAUGUGGAGGAGUUGAUGUUCAUGAACAACAAUAUGAGUGGGUGCUUUCCUGAGGAGAUAGGGAAUCUAGGGAAUGUGACUGUUCUGGAUGUGAGCAAUAACGGGCUCAUAGGGCCGUUGCCGAAGAGUCUUGUGAACCUGAAGACCAUUGAGGUUUUGGAUAUUGGUUUCAAUAUGUUGACAGGGUUUGUGCAGGAGAAGAUAUGCAGCUUGCCCAAGUUGGAAAAUUUUACGUUUGCUUACAACUAUUUUAGUGGGGAGCAUCAGAAAUGUUUGCCUAAUCCAAACGCAAAAUUGGCAUUGAACGAUGAAGGCAACUGUUUCCCCGGCAGACCCAAUCAGAAGAAUACCAAGACUUGCUUCCCUGUGGUGACCAAGCUUGUGGAUUGUAGCAAGAAUUGUGGCGGGCCUUCUACACCAAAGGUCGAGCCACCUCCCACUCCAAAGCCCGAACCACCUCCCACUCCAAAGCCCGAACCACCUCCUACACCAAAGGUUGAGCCACCUCCAACCCCUAAGGCCGAGCCACCUCCCACGCCUAAGGUUGAGCCACCUCCAACCCCUAAGGCCGAGCCACCUCCCACGCCUAAGGUUGCGCCACCUCCAACCCCUAAGGCCGAGCCACCUCCCACGCCUAAGGUUGAACCACCUCCAACGCCAAAGGUUGAGCCACCUCCAACCCCUAAGGCCGAGCCACCUCCCACGCCUAAGGUUGAACCACCUCCAACGCCAAAGGCUGAGCCACCACCGGUUCAGUCCCCACCACCACCAGUGCACUCUCCACCGCCACCGGUCCAGUCCCCACCACCACCGGUUCACUCCCCUCCACCGCCACCAGUGCACUCGCCACCGCCACCGGUUCAGUCCCCACCACCACCGGUGCACUCCCCUCCACCACCGGUUCAGUCCCCACCGCCACCGGUGCACUCCCCACCGCCACCGGUUCAGUCCCCACCACCACCAGUUCACUCGCCGCCACCACCGGUGCACUCCCCACCGCCACCCGUUCAGUCCCCACCGCCACCGGUUCACUCCCCACCGCCACCGGUUCACUCGCCACCACCACCGGUUCAGUCCCCACCGCCACCAGUGCACUCGCCACCACCACCGGUGCACUCCCCUCCACCACCGGUUCAGUCCCCACCACCACCGGUUCAGUCCCCACCGCCACCGGUUCAGUCCCCACCGCCACCGGUGCACUCCCCACCGCCACCCGUUCACUCCCCACCACCACCGGUCCAUUCUCCCCCACCUCCGGUUUACUCCCCUCCACCACCAGUUCACUCACCCCCACCACCACCUGUCCCGUCACCACCUCCUCCUGCUCCAGCUCCAUCUCCUCCUCCCCCUGCUCCUGUGCAGGCUUCGCCACCCUACGAUGAUGUAGUCCUCCCACCAAACAUUGGCGCACAGUACUCAUCACCACCGCCACCAAUGUUCCCAGGAUAUUAAGUCCUAGUUUAGUUUAUCAUUAACAUUUUUUUUUUUUUAAAGUUUUUUCUUUUAUUUACUACUUAUGUGCUAGAUGAGUAGUCGAAUGAAGUUCUUACUAUUUUACAAUAA